AUGUUCUCCUCGUCGAAUUCCUUCAUCGGCGGUGGUGGCGGUGGCCGACCAGGCCAGGCACCAUUCAUGCAACAACAGCAGCCGCAACAGCAAUACUCGCAAUUCGGCCAGCAACAAGCCCCAAUGCAACAACACCAGCCCACGGGCUUUGCUCCCCAGCCAACUGGGCUUGCUCCCCAGCCUACCGGAUUUGCUGGUCAACCGUCACCGUUUGGUAACUCCCAGCUUCAACCUCAGCCCACAGGGUUCCCCACGGGACAGCUCCAGGCGCAGUAUACUGGGUUCCCUGGACAACAACCACAACUCCAGCAGCCACAGCAUACUCAGCAACACAACUUCCAGCCUCAAUACACCGGACUCCCUCAAUCGCAGCCUCCGGCGCAGGCCCAGCCACAAGCCCCGCAAUUGCAGGUCUCUCAGCCUACCGGACUCCCCACGCGAAACAAGACCUCGAGUGAAAUGGCCAACUCUUUCCAGGCUCCUGGCUCCUCAGACGCACCUCCCCGUGUUCCUCCGAAGACUGGUUCUCGCAUUCCGAGCAUUCGCCUGUCUUUCAUCACCGCCACAGACCAGGCUCGGUUUGAACAGCUGUUCAAGUCUGCCGUGGGUGACAGUCAAGCAAUGGAUGGCGAAAAGGCCCGCGAUCUUCUGAUGCGCUCCAAGCUUCCUGGGAGUGAUCUAUCGAAGAUCUGGGUUCUAUCCGACUCUACGAAGUCUGGCCAGCUGCUUUUCCCAGAAUUUGCGCUGGCAAUGUAUCUAUGUAACCUGAGGCUGACCGGACGUGAGAUCCCGUCCACAUUGCCUGAGACUAUCAAGAAUGAGGUUUCCAGUAUGGUGGAUAUCAUCUCUUUUGGUGUGCCCGACAACCAGCCUGCGCCAGCCCAGCGAACCAACGUCCCUAGUUUCGAUGCCCCUCUUCUGGAGAAUAAAGCGACCCCUCCAAUUGUUCAGCAACCCCAACCCCAGCAACCUAGUAACCAGCAGCUGCUGUCCCAAUUGACAGCUCAGCCCACCGGAUUCUUCCCUCAGCAGACCGGUUUACAGCCUCAGCAAACAGGAUUCCCUGGACAGAACCAGCCGGGGCUUCAGCCUCAGCAGACUGGCUUCCUGACCAACCCCCAGGCUACCGGUUACAAUGGCCCGCGUCCUCCGAUGCCGCCUAUGCCUAACAGCUUCGGGUCGAACCUGAGUCCUGCGCAGACUGGUGGCUUGGCCGUUCAGCCUACAGGGUUGGCCGCCCAGCCCACCGGCAUUCCUGGACAGUGGGGCUUUAUCAAUACUCCUGCACAAGGUUUGCCAAACAUUGAAGCGAUGAAGCAGCAGCUUAUGCCCCAACCUGGGCGUGAAGGUGGCUUCAAUAUGUCUGCUCUCUCAGGGAAUGCUACUGUCGCCUGGGCUAUUACAAAAGAGGAAAAGAAGAUUUACGACGACCUUUUCCGUGCCUGGGAUGGCAUGCGCAAGGGCUUCAUUGGCGGCGAGACCGCUAUCGAAAUCAUGGGCCAGAGUGGGCUCAACAGAAAGGACCUGGAGCGAAUUUGGACUCUGGCUGACCCCCACAACCGUGGUCGCCUGAAUAUGGACGAGUUCGCUGUGGCUAUGCACUUGAUUUACCGUGCGCUGAACGGAUAUCCUGUCCCGAGUCGUCUGCCGCCUGAGCUUAUUCCUCCGUCGACGCGCCAUUUGAAUGAUUCCAUUGGCACAGUCAAGUCGCUUUUGUCUCAGGACGCUGAGAACCGCAAGGCUACCGGCGCAUUCCUGCAGCCUCAAAAGACUGGCGUGAGCUACCUCAAGGAUCACUCUUUCCGUGGCGGCGGUGGAUCAACCGCAGGAGGCAACCGUAAAGAUGCUACCAUGUUUAAGAACAACGACUCUGCUGGAGGAUAUCGAUCCAGUGCUCGCCGGCGUGUUGGUAACGACGGACGCACUCCAUCUCCAUCCAACUCUCAGACCUCGGAAGGAGAAGAACUUUCUGUCCAACAGCUUCAAAAGAAGAUCCGCGAAACCAAGGUCAUGUUAGAUGCUGUUGACUUCCAGGAUGAGAAAGGAGCUGAAGAUGACGAAGUCCUUGACCGCCGUGACCGCCGAGAGGCUGAGAGCCUUAUGGACCGGAUUCGCCGUGUUCAGGACGACAUUGAUACUCAUCCUAACGCAUCUUUCCGCAAUUUGGACAGUGGCCCCGAGCGCAGAGCUUUGCGACGCCAGCUGCAAUCUUUUGAAGAUCAGGUCCCCCAGCUUGCAUCUGAGGUUCGCCGUGUUGAGCGCGAGAUCGCUGAGGCUAGGGUUGAGCUCUUCCGCUUGAAGGAGUCCAAGGCCAACCCCAACAGUGCUUCCAAUAUUGUUGGCACUGGCCCCGGUGGCGCGAUCACCGAAUCGGACCGUAUCAAGGCCCGCGCUCGUGCUCGUAUGCAGGCCCGUGCUGCUGAGCUUGCGGGCCGUCCCGUACCAAAGGAGGAGGACGACGGGGAAUCUGCUCGCCGUCUGGAAUCCGAAACGGCCGAUGCGAAGGCUGAGAGAGAACGCAAUGAUGCAAUGACUCGUGAUGUUGAGAUCAGCGUGCGCGAUUUCGCUCGUAGCCUUGAGGACAGCCUUCGCGACGAAGGGGAAAACUCGACUCGCGAGCACGAGAGGCGCCGUUGGGAGGAUGCCUUGGGCGUCGAGAACAUUAUCCGUGACUUUAUCUAUGAUCUGAGCCGCAACAGCCGGACUGCCAGCAUUCGAAAAGAAGAGUAUCGAGCUGCGAAGGAAGAUCGGUCAAAGUACACAUCGCCGCCACCUGCUGUCGAAUCCCCUGUGGCAGCUCCAGCCGCCUCAUCAUCAGCCAGCCCGUCGCGUAACAUGCACGAGGAUCGUGUUGCAGCUGCCAGAGAGCGUGCCCAGAAGCGCAUUGCCGAGCGCAUGGCGGCUGCUGGCUUAAAGCCUAGUGAUGCAAGCGAAACUCUUCAACAACGCCAGGAACGUGAGCGAAAGGAGCGCGAGGAUCGUCUCAAGCGCGCUGAAGAAGAAGAUGCUAAGCGUGAGGUUGAGAGACAGCGCCGCUUGGCCGAGGAACGUGGUGAAACGCCCCUGGCUCCUGCUGCUGCUGCUGCCCCUUCAGCGGCACCAAAGGUUGCUGGCAAGAAGCCACCUCCUGCGCCUCCCACUCGCAGAGGCCGUUCCGAGAGUACUGGCCAGGAUGAAGCCAAGAAGGGCCAGGACGCCGCUGAGUAUGCCGCUCGUGAGCAGGCUAUCAAGGAAGAACAGGAGGCUCAGGAAGCCGAAACUCGCCGUCUUGAGGAGGAGGCCCAGCAGCGUGAGGCAGAGAUUCUGAAAGAGAAGGAAGCUCAGGAGGCCCGACUUCGCGCCCUCGAGGAGCAGGUGCGACAGGGCAAGAUGAAGAAGCAGGAGGAGAAACGUCGCAAGGAAGAGGCUGCUAGAAUAGCUAAGGAGCAAGAUGCCAGGCUUGCCGCACAACGGGCUGAAAUCGCCGCCGCCAAGGAGCGAGAGCUUCAGUUGCAGCGGGAGCUUGAGAACAUGGACGACGAUAGCUCAUCGGAUGACGAGGGACCUCAGGAUGUCACAACACCUCAGUACAGCACCCCCACGGAAAGCCAAACUCUCCCCCCUCAGCCUCCGCCACCAGUCCCGGUCAUCUCGGUUCCAGAAGCUGCUGAGCCUGAGCCUGAGCCUGAGCAUGAGCAGGCAAUCACCUCCGCGCCCAGCUCUCCUGAUACUAGCCGUGAAGCCGCCCCAGCGGCCACUCCUGAUACUGAGUCUAAAAACCCUUACUUCAAGUCUCUCAGUCACCCAUCUGAAUCGGCCCCAGCCGCGACCCCACCAGCCGCUCAUUCCACCAACCCAUUCCACCGUCUCACCCAGCAGGAGCCAAUUAAGCCAACUUUUACCGGCGCCGGACCUCUGGAGCGCAAAUCCCGCGCCCGUCCUGACGAGGCAGAUGACUGGUCCAAUGCUGGAUCUGAGAGCGACUCUUCUGACGAUGACGAUGACGAGCGUACCGGUGGCGGCAGUGCUAAGCAGCUUGCCAGUAUCCUGUUCGGCACCAUGGCGCCCCCGCGUCCCCUGAGCGCUAUGGACGACAAGGAUUCCAAGAACGCCACCCCUGUUCAGGAUAGCCCCAUCGCUCCUCCUCCUCCGCCUCCUGUUCCGGCUGUGUCUUUGCCCGAGCCCUUUGCGCCGGUUCUACCAGCCGGUACUCCCCCACCUCCCCCACCUCCCCCUCCACCAGGUGCUGGUGCUCCUCCUCCACCCCCGCCGCCUGGAAUGGGUGCACCACCGCCACCUCCACCUCCUGGCUUUGGAGCUCCCGCUGCUCCGCCCCCUCCCCCUCCCCCCGGUGGCGCUGGUGGUCCUCCACCGCCUGCCCCUCCACCUGCCGCCGGUGGUGGAGAUCGCGCCGCUCUACUUGCAUCUAUCCAAGCAGGCACUGGUCUCCGCAAGGUGCAGACAAAUGACCGCAGCACAAGUUCGUCCGCUGGGCGCGUGCUGUGA